AAUAAACCCAUCGCCCUUUUUGCUCCACCCCCUCUAAACCCCUCCAUUCUGCUCCUUAUCCUCUUCCCUCCCAAACCCCUCUCUCUCUCAGCCAUCAUGGCCUCUGUAACUACAUCUCUCGUCAAGCCUCUAUCAAUGGCGGACGGAUGCCUAUCCUCUAUCUCGACCCUCUUCAUCCCCAAAGCUUCACAUCACUUUCUCUCUCUUCCUUCUAAACCGAUUAAAUUUCUUCACCUAUCCUGUUCCUCUUCUUCUCUUCCAUUUCCUUCAUGUGUAUCUUUGAGAAAGAAGUUUUCUUCGUCAAACGUAAUCGCUUUAGUCGCUCAGACUUCCGACUGGGCUCAGCAAGAGGAAGAGAACGAAAUUGAAGAAGAGGGGUUGAAUUGGGAGAAUCAAGAGGGUGAGGAGACUGAAGCUCUUCUCUCGGACUGGGAAGGGGAGGCAGACGACUCGGCUACAGAAGAAAGUGGUGUUGAAGAUGGAGCUGAGAGCGGCGUGGAUGGGUUCGUCGAAGAGACUGUCUCUUAUCCGGAGCCACCGGAAGAGGCAAAACUCUUUGUUGGCAAUUUACCUUAUGACUUGGACAGUGAGAAGUUGGCGCAGCUUUUCGAUCAGGCUGGAAUUGUUGAGGUUGCCGAGGUAAUUUACAAUCGGGAAACAGAUCAGAGUCGUGGGUUCGGGUUCGUCACAAUGAGAACUGUGGAAGAAGCGGAGAAAGCUGUGGAAAUGUUCAACCGUUACGAUUUAAAUGGCAGGCUUUUGACUGUGAACAAAGCUGCUCCAAGAGGAUCCAGGCCAGAGCGACCCCCUCGAGUGUUUGAACCUUCUUUGAGAAUCUAUGUUGGAAAUCUGCCAUGGCAAGUUGAUAAUGCUCGUCUGGAGCAAGUAUUCAGUGAACAUGGUAAGGUUGUGGAUGCCAGGGUUGUUUAUGACAGGGAGACUGGACGCUCACGUGGGUUUGGCUUUGUAACUAUGUCCUCACAAACUGAGUUGGAUGAUGCCAUUGCUGCUCUUGAUGGACAGAAUUUGGACGGGAGGGCCAUUAGAGUGAAUGUUGCAGAAGAAAGACCAAGGCGCGGCUCCUUCUGAUUUAAAUAGAUGGAUAUUCAGGAGUAUUUUGGCUCUCUUGUAACUGUGAUAGGUUACCUUUCAAUAGUCAAUUGGUUUUGUUUAAUUUUAUCAGCUAGAGAUAGCAAGGUUUUUCGUUUGGAGAUCAUUUCUUUGACGUGCCUCUUCACUUGUUUAUUGUUUCCUUUUCCCUUUAUUUUGUUGAGUUGUUAAAGAUAUAAUAUUGGUUGUAAUCACUAAGCAUUCAAUGCAAUUACCAAGUUUCCCAUAUUUGAAGAAUUUAUGCAGAAGCUUGUAGUUGCAGGUCAUGCAUAAAAUUAAAUGUAUAACUCCACGAAUGUUGUUAUUGUGAUAUACAAACUUUGUGGAAAUCAUGCUUGCCAUGGCA